UGCACCAGCAGUAUGGAGAUAGCAACACUGUGUGCUGUUAUUGCUUCACUCAGAAUCAUUCCUAACAGAUCCCAGUUCUUCCAGUAUGAGUCCGUCUCCAUAAGCUGUGGGGGGCAGGAAAACUCUUCAGAGUGGAGAGUUAAAAGGAGCACGUCCUUAUACAUAAACACAACAUGUCCCUCAUCCUCAAAUGGAAUAGGUGAAUCUCACUGCGACAUCAGUGAUCUUUAUCCAGCAGACACUGGAGUUUACUGGUGUGAGUCUGCAGCAGGACAGUGCUCCAAUGCUGUCAACAUCACUGUGGCAGCUGGUUCUGUGAUCCUGGAAGGUCCUGUCCAUCCUGUGACGGAGGGAGACACUGUAAUUCUGCACUGUAGAUACAAUGCAGGCUCAUCCUCCAAUUUCACUUCUACUUUCUAUAAAAAUGAUGAUCUCAUUGGGAGCAGCUCUACAGGAAACAUGACCAUCCACAGGGUUUCCAAAUCAGAUGAAGGCCUCUACAAGUGUAACAUCACUGGAGUUGGACAAUCACCAGACAGCUCGCUGGUGGUUAUUUCUGCAGCAGGGAGUCCUGACUCGUCGCCUGAUUCUUCCCCCCGAGUGAUUCUUCCUGUGGUGGGUGUCUGCCUCAUGCUGAUUUUGCUGAUGCUGCUCUGCCUCUGGAGGAGCCACAAAGAUAAAGUGAACCCUGCUGUCUCGUACACUGACAUUACUGCCACACAGGAAGUGAAACCUCGUACGUUCAGAGAUAUGAACUCUGAGGCGUCCUUCUACUCAACACUCAGUCUGGCAAACAUGUGCCAGGAAACACCUAAAGACUCCAGAUUAAGUGUUUAAGCUUUUUAUUUAUUUAUUCUUUGUAUUAACGUGAAGAAAUGUUUGUGGAGAUUUCAAAGAAUUUUCUUCAGCAGCUAAAAUUUCUUGACAUUUCUUAAAAUUUGCACAAAUCUGUCAUUUUGUCACUUUCGGUCAGUUCAUAUCUCUUUGCAGUUGGGUUGUAUAUGAAAUGAUUGUUGUUAGUCUUUGUUGGAGGUGUGUUUACUUCAGUCAUGUUACAUUUUCAUUUUUUUUAUUGUUAAGAGUUUGUCUUUGUAGUGUCUUUGUCUUUCUUCGUCAUUUUUUCCAGCGGUUUUGUAGAUAUCACUCUUAUUUCUGUUUGUUACUUUGAAGCAACCACAAAGAGCUUGAGUAACUUUGAAGUUUUUUUGUAGUCCUAGUGGUUUUUUUGUUGGUUUGUUUUUUUGCUUUUUAAAAUUUUCUGUCGAACAUGUGAUGUAAUUUAGCAACAUUGUACCAACUUUUUUCGAUUUAAAGUUUUCUUUUUCUGAUUUUAUCUUUCUGUAGUCCGUUUCUCUUUAGAGUAGCUGUUCAUUGCUCUGCAGCUUAGGGCGUUUGCAUCUCUUCAUCGUCUUUUUUGUGUGUUCUUUAAUACACUGAACACAACUUCUGGCUCAGAAGUUUUGCUGUAAGAAAACUUUCAGUUACCCAAAAGCAAAAAUGUGAAUGCCUUGAUUUGGAAAUCAGUGCUUGUAAUAGGCCUUGUACUUUCUGUUGCUACAUUCACUGAUUUUGUCUUGUUAUGAUAGUAAUGUGAUCUUAACGAACAAUAAAACCACCAAA